CGCUGUACAGUCGUCCAUCUCUAGCGUUUAUAGCUAUCCCGUGACAAUAAAGUCAACUGGAAAAAACAAACGGGGAAAAUCCGGAGAAAAGUCCGGGGAGAAUGUCACCCAAGAACAACCACGAUCCGUCGUCAUCAUCCGGUGACUCGGGCAACAGCAAUGUCCAGGAGGCGGACCUCCAAGAAAUGGAGGACGUGAACAACAGCCUGGACGCCCUCAGCUGCGCUUUGGACGCCGUGGAGCAGCGCACGGACGACAUCAUGUCCCAGUUGCGGGAGCUGCUCAACUCAAAUCGGGAGAUUCGUCGCCUGCUCGCCGAAGAGAAGGACCACGCUACGGGGGAACCGGAGGACGAAAACAUGGACAGCGAUGGCCAGUCGGCCAGUGAGAAUGCAUCCAAGUAGAUACAUAUGUACCACCUGCAACCAGUUAUUGUUUUGAUCACCUAAUCGUUUCUACACAUCUGUGUUGUUUUGUUUUUUUCUAUUAUCAUGUAUUAUUGAUUCUAAACCUAAGUAAACGUAAUUGAAGGCA